AUGUCGACAAUCAAACCCAUUAUCAAAAGACCAUUGGGAGAGGGCAAUGGCAACGCCGCUGGGCCAGACCCAAAGGCCGCUACCAAAAAGAGAAAAUCAGUCAGCUUCGCUCAAUCGCCCGAAAAACCAUCGAAACGACAGGCCCAGGCGAAGCACAUUGCAACCCCUAGGCCCAAUAACUCCAACCAAAAACCGAAUAGGUUUACUCAUCCAGCCCGGUACUCCGAAAACGCGCACCUGUGGCCUCGGCUCGGGAUCACGCCCAGUUUGAUUUACAAAGCCGUACCUGGGAAAAUCAUCAAGCUUCCAGCCUGGCUCAGCCCUAAAAAAAUUCCAGACGAAACUUCUGAACCACGAACCCCGCCGAUUGCUAAAACCAAGCCCGACGACAUGUUCGAGCCACCAACUCAGCCAAUCCAACCAUUCGAUCCCCAAAAGGAUUGGUUUACGUCGAUGCAUGUAUCCAUCGGCUGCACUGCAAAUCCAGUUCAUGUUGUUGGUGUCAAAAUGAAUCAAGACAAGCGACAAUGCGAAGGGAUCGAAGGACUCGAUUACAGACUACAGUCAGGACAGGUCAAAGUCCUAUUUCAUCCUAGCCGUGGACACGAGCCUGUUUGCGAAACGUGCUGGACUAUUGAGCAUCCGGAAGCAGGUGAAUUGGACCUCAAGAUUCCAGGCAGCUGGCCGAAAGAACUAUCCGAACAAAAGGUUUAUCCUAAACCAUCACCUCACACGCAUAUCUUCAAUGUCUUGUAUGAGGGCUGCAAGCAUGGAGACUCUCCAGGGAGCCCGGAGCGUCAUUGUAUGAAGCUUGUAAAAGGAGCGGAAAAACACGGCGGAAAUGGGACUAUGUGCCGAUGCCAUCACGCUCAUAGUAACUCACGGCGGGGCAGAGAGGAGAGCCCCGCUCAAUUGAUCGCAACCCAAGUCAUUCUGCCGGAUUUUGCUGGGUGCCCUGCCUGUGAGGGAAAGGAUUUGAGAGCUUACGUUAGGAGAUAUCAAGCUUCCCGCGCUAAAUGA